AAGAUCACCAAGACCUGUAUUCUGUGUGGUUGGGAACGAAUCAUUUAGGCAAAUCGAGCCUUCAUUUUUCAAGCUGGAAAGUGGAACUGUUUGUAUCUAUUGAGCUGUUCAUGAACUAGGCAGUAUUGUCAUAUGACGUUGAACAUGGCAGAAGAGGAAGAGGAUUACAUGUCAGAUGCCUUCAUUAAUGUUCAGGAAGACGUCAGACCAGGCGUGCCAAUGCUGAGGCAGAUCCGCGAGGCCCGCCGGAAAGAAGAGAAGCAGCAGGAAGCUAAUCUGAAAAACCGACAGAAGAGUGUGAAAGAAGAAGAACGGGAAAGACGUGACCUCGGGUUGAAGAAUGCGCUGGGCUGUGAAAACAAAGGGUUUGCUUUGCUCCAGAAGAUGGGAUACAAGAGCGGGCAGGCCCUGGGCAAGAGUGGAGAUGGUAUUGUUGAACCAAUUCCUCUCAAUGUCAAAACAGGAAAAAGUGGCUUAGGUCACGAGACAUUACAAAAACGGAAAGCAGAGGAAAGGCUAGAAAACUACCGGAGAAAAAUCCACAUGAUAAACCAAAAUGAAGAGAAGGCCGCCGAGCAGUUCCGGAUGCGAAUGAAAAGUAAGCAAGACGAGAUGAGGCUUGAAGGGGACCUGCGAAGAAGCCAACGAGCUUGCCAGCAGCUGGAUACCCAGAAGAACAUUCAGGUUCCCAGGGAGGCAUGGUACUGGAUAAGGCCUGAGGAGGAGACUGAAGAAGAGGAAGAGGAAGAACAGGAUGAAGAUGAGUACACCAGUGAAGAUUUGAGUGUGCUGGAGAAGCUGCAGAUACUCACCGGCUACUUACGAGAAGAACAUCUGUAUUGCAUUUGGUGUGGGACAGCCUACGAAGAUAAAGAAGACCUAUCUUCAAAUUGCCCAGGACCAACCUCUGCAGAUCAUGACUGAAAUUAUUCCCAAUAAAGUAAAAACUAUUUAUGCAGAGUAUGCAGCAUCCUGCCCUUGCUUUCCAAGGGAAACCAUUACAGAGGAGUGACCGAGCGAACCCAGACGGGCCAGCACAGUGUAGCACUGACCCAUGGGAGAACUAGGGGAGACCACGGGACACGACAGUAGCACUAAAUUUGGGUUCUGAACGAUGGACACAACUUGGCCCACACAAAGCUGUGAGGAGGCAGCCGCUCUGAACUCAGCAAUUCUAAAGCAUAGAAAAUUCUAACCACGCAAGUCUAGUUAUCUGCCUUGGGUGAUCUUACUUAUAAUUGUCAAAGAAUAAACAAUCCAGAUGUCUAUGGGACAA